AUGGUAAAUUUGGAAGAAUUAUCAUUAAAGAGAAAUAAUAUGAAGAGAACUGAAACAACAUUCACAGAUAUUUCAGGAAAAAGAUAUCAAGUUGCAAAUAUAAAUGAAGAAAAUUCAGAAUCAAAUCGUAUUGAAUUAAAUAGAACAUCAGGAUUUGUAAUUGAUACUAAACCUGAUGAUUUAUCUCAUAAAAUAGAAAUAAUAAUUCCACAAUCAAUAUUAAAUAAUAAUAAUAAUAAUUAUGAAUCAAUUAAUUUAUAUAUUGGAUCACAAGAUGCAGCAUUUAAUAAAUUAGAUUUACAAUUAAAAAAUAUAAAAUCAAUUUUAAAUGUUGGUAUUGGUAUAAACAAUUUAUUUACAAAAGAAAAUAGUGAUAUUAAUGAUGGAUUCAUUAUAAAUUAUUGUAAUGUUGAAAUUUUUGAUGAUGUAAAUUUUAAUAUAAUUGAAAAGUUUGAUAAAUGUUUUGAAUUUAUUGAUAGUAAUAUUGGUGGUGUUGAAAAUAAUGGAAUAUUAGUACAUUGUAAUGCUGGUGUGUCAAGAUCUGCUACUAUUUUAAUAUCUUAUUUAAUGAAAAAAUUGAAAAUCCCACUUUCUUUAUCACUUGAAAUUUUAAAAUCAUCAAGACCACAAUGUAAACCAAAUCAAGGUUUUUUAAAACAAUUGGAGAUAUUUGAAAAAGAACUUCUUUUUUGA